UGCCUAGCAGCAAUGGAGAUUCUCAUGUCCUUGGUGGUCAAUGCAACACCUGAAGACAUAAACAGUACUUCCAACCCCCAGUGGGGGGUGCCCUACCUGAAGAAACUAGCCCACCUGGACGAGGGCCUGUACCAGGAGUUCUACGGCCUGUGGGUGACACUGAUGGUGGUCAACACCCUGAUGUUCGUGGUGGGUGUGGUCCUUAACAGCCUGGCCCUCUACAUCUUCUGCCUGCCCUCCCAGAUUUCCUCCGCCCCUGUGGUCUAUACCAUCAACCUGGCGGUGGCUGACCUGUUGGUGGCGCUCUCGCUCCCUGCCCGUAUUGCCCUCUACCACAGCGGUGGAGGGUGUCUGGCCUGCUCCUACGUUCACACGUUCAGCUACUUCGUCAACAUGUACUGCAGCAUCCUCUUCCUCACCAGUAUCUGCGUGGACCGCUACAUAGCCGUGGUGUGGGCCGGGGCCGGGCGCCGCUGGAGGAGCCCUGGGGUCGCUAAGGGAGUCAGUGUGGGGAUCUGGCUCCUCGCCGUGGUGGUCACCUACUCCUUCCAGACCACGGAGCUGGAGAUCAAGGCCACGUCAUGCUGCCGACUCACCGCCCUCUUUGCCCUGUCCUUCCUGGAGUUCCUGCUCCCCCUGGUGGUCAUCGUGACAUUCACACUCAGGGUGGCAUGCGCCCUGACCGACCCCAAGCUGAUGCCUCAGAGCCAGGGCCGGAGAGCCAGAGCAGUCAGGCUCCUGGUGGCUGUCUUGGUUGUCUUCUCCAUCUGCUUCAUGCCCUUCCACGUGCGCCAGGCGUUGGUGUAUUUCCGGAUGGGGGGUGACAGAGCACAGCAGGUGUUGGCGUACCAUGCCACUGUGACCCUCAGCAGCCUCAACAGCUGCCUGGACCCAGUGGUCUAUUGCUUGGUGACGGACAGCUUCCGCUCGGCCAUGCGCCGGGCCUGCAGGAAGAGGCCAGGGGCAGGGGCAGGGAGGGAGAUGUCUGCAUAG